CAACACAAGCAAAAUAUUAACCGCAUAAAAGGAUUUCCCUCUUUAUAUAAUUUAAAUACCUUCAUGGCAAGCCACAAAUCCAGUACAUCUCUACAGACGUGCAUUUUUCCUCAUGAAUUCUAAAACCACUGACGUAUCGGAAGCUAUCCGUUUCUAUACUAAGACAGACACAAGAAAACCAAAGGACUCUUGGAUGAUCUCUUACAUUUUUGGUUUGUCUUUUCUGGAGCCUCUUUGAGAUCAGGUCGAAGAUGAUCCGCAUCAUAUUUUUGCCCAUCACUUUUUCCGUUGUGGUGGCAUCAAAGCUCUGCCCUCCUCAGUGUUUUUGUUAUGAAGCGUCUGACCUAGUGAACUGUCGAUCUCAAGGGUUCACUCACAUUCCACACAGUAUACCGCAUGGUACAUGGCUUCUGGAUCUUAGUGGGAACAAAUUGUCAGAGUUGAGGAGUACCUCCUUCACUGGGAUAUGGGCCCUUCGGGUUCUUCUGAUUUCACAAAGCAGCAUGCAAAUGGUGCACUCUCAGGCUCUCUCUUCUCUGACCUUUCUGGAAAAGUUGGACCUGUCUUACAAUGAGCUCCGUGUCCUUCUCUCAGAUUUCUCGGAGGGGUUGACGUCUCUUAAAGAUCUCAGGCUUUCCCACAAUGCCUUGGAGCAUCUGGAUACUCACUCCUUGGACGAACUAGAAAGUCUGGAGAAGUUAGAUCUCAGUCACAACAACAUUGAUGUUAUUGGCGUCGGCGUAUUCCGUGGACUUACAAUGUUAAAACACCUCAAUCUGGCAUGGAAUCAGUUGAUUGUACUCCAAGGAGGACUGCUCACCAUGCAACUGGGACUUGGAGUUCUUCUACUGGAUCACAACAAUAUCUCCAAGAUUGAAGCAGAAGCGUUGGCUCCCCUACAGACCCUCACAAUUCUGAACUUGGAAGCCAAUCAGUUGAGGAGCCUUAAGUUUAAGACAUUUUUGAACCUUAAGACCACCGGCACGCAUUUGCAACUUUCAGAGAACCCCUGGAUCUGUGACUGCGAACUGCAUCGUGUCUUCAGUAAGAUGUUACACGUUCGGCAUCUCCACGUGGAUGAUUACUGGAAUAUCACGUGCCAUGCACCUCAAUUACUGGCCGGAGCAUUUCUGGGUUUGAUGGAAAGUCAGCUGUGUAUAGCUGAAACAGCCACUGUCCUUGUCAUAACAGGUACUGUGAUGGUCACCGUGGUGGCUGCUAUAAUUAUGGCAGAACGACAGAGAAAGAAGAAAACUAUGAACCCGGAAAAGUAAAAUU